UUUUCGCUACGCUGGAAAAACACAUUGUUUUUAUACUUGGUUAUUGACAAUAGCAAGUAAACCUGAUGGUCGAAAACAACAAUGUCGUUGACGGAUGGUGCUGGUGAAAAAUCCGUCCCCGACACGUGGCCCGAGCCCCCAACGAGAAAAUGGGAAGAACCAGAAAUCGAAAGGACGAGGAGGAAGAGGAGGAGGUCGAGGUUCGCGCGGGAACAGUCCCGGCGAUAAAACUGGUUCCCGAGGAAGUAGUCCAGGAAAAAGUGGUGGCUCCGAUCAUGGCAAAGGAAAGGGGAAAAGUGCGUUGUUGCACUCGCGAGGCAACGAGAUUGGUAGCAUCGAAAAAUUGGUUGACGGCGACAAGCGGGUAAUUGCGACCAAACAUCUGCUUCCAGAGAACAACAUAAACGUUGUCGUCAGAGUUCGUCCACUCAGUAAUAAGGAAAUUAAAGCCGGCGAUGAAAUGGCCGUGCAAUUUCCGGGCGACGGGCAAAUAUACUGCGAUGCGAUUACGAGCAGCGGUGACAAAAAGCCGAAGGUGUUUUCCUACAAUGUUGUUUUCGAACCUAACGCCACGCAAGAAGACAUUCUGCAGCACUCGGGCAUGAAGAAUCUCAUCGACAUGGCGGUGGAAGGAUUUAGCUGCACCGUGUUUUGUUACGGACAGACCGGAAGUGGCAAAACACACACUCUGACUGGACCUCCGAGACUCUUCGAAAAGAUGGACCCGUACUCGGAGAACCACGGCCUGGUCUUCCGUUCCUUCGUCUACCUAUUUAAAGUCCUUCAACAACACGACAAGUGCAAUUUUGUACUAAAAGCUUCCUUCCUGGAAAUCUAUAACGAAAAGGUGAUAGAUCUUUUGAAUCCCGGCACCUCGAGAAAACCACUAGCAGUUCGAUGGAGCAAGAAAACGCGCGGAUUUUUUGUUGAGAAUCUCUUCACGGUGGAGUGUGAGGAACUAGACGAUCUUCUGGCGGUUCUCGAAGAAGGACUGAGAAACAGAUCUAUCGGAACGCACAAUAUGAAUGAGUAUUCCAGUCGAAGUCACUCGAUUCUGACCGUAUACAUAACUUCUGAGCAAGCCAUGGAGAACGGUGUGUUUAUCUCGAAACAAGGAAAAAUUAAUUUUGUCGAUCUCGCCGGGAGCGAGAUGACGAAGAAAACUCAGAGCGAGGGCAAAACUCUGGAAGAGGCGAACAACAUCAACAAGAGUCUAAUGGUUUUAGGAUAUUGCAUCGCCUCCUUGAGCGACGCGAAACGAAAAGGAGGCCACAUUCCUUAUCGGGACAGCAAACUGACGAAGCUUCUGGCGGACAGCCUCGCCGGAAAUGGCGUCACGUUGAUGAUCGCUUGUGUCUCACCGGCACGUUCGAACGCUAACGAGACUCUGAACACACUGCGAUAUGCCGCGCGAGCCAAAAAGAUUUCCACAAAACCGAUCAUAGUAAUGGAUCCACGCGAGGCUCUGAUUCUCAGUCUGAAGCGAGAGGUCGGAGCUCUUCAGACCGAGAACGAGCAUCUGAGAAUGGCUCUUCAUCUCAGCAGCGAGGCUCAAAAUAUGAUCCGCAGCGAGUCUAAAACCGAACGACGGAUACCGGUGACACCGCCGCCGGUGGACUUCGACAAAUUGGCCGAGAUGGAGAGCUCGGAACUGAGCCAACUUAUUCACGCGUACAUCACCGAAAACGAGGCUCUGCGACGCGAGAACGCGGAACUUUACGCCACGCGGGAACAGGUGAUACGAGAUCAGGAGCUCGUUUGUCGGGAAAACGAGAGACUGCUCAGAAAACUCGAGGACGUGAACUCAGUGUGUUGUCGAUCGCCAAUAAUACCCGCGAGACCCUCGUAUUCGGCGGAAUUGUUGAACGAUAACAACGAGGACGUACCUGGCGCUACCAACGUCUGGACCAAUCCGAAUGCAGCUCCUAGUCCAGUGUACUCCUUCUCGAAGUCUACGGUCAAUAGCGGAUUGUACAGAUCAGCCGGCAAUAUGCCGGAAAAGAUGUUGAAGGAACUCGAUCGUCGUAGAAUCGUAGGCAGUUAUAACAACAUUGCCGAGGUGUACAAAGAUAAGAGCAGUCACCGUCGUCACAAUUCGUGGGACAACAGCAAUCGACAGAUGAUUAGUCCGGAUCAGAGAAUCUCUCCAGUAGAUAUAAAUCAUCAAGGUCGAAGGACGGCCUUACGGCGUACCUCGACGGUACCUGAGGAGGGUAAGCCUCCACCGUCGAGGACGACCACGGACGAGCUGGCCGUAGCAGACGGCACCAUCGCCGCGGCGCCGAUCGAACAAUCAAACGGUUCGCCUGAUUCGAUCAUGAGCGGUCCCCUCGACGUGGACGGUAAUUCCGCUCCCGACACCGCGGAAUCGGUCGCUCCUACCGUGCCGUUCCCGCCGAUAUCGCAAUCGCCGCCGCCGCCGCCGCAGUCGCGCGUUGACAGGAGCAACGCCGAAGAGAAGACCAAGGACGAACAGCGGCCGUUCGGAAGCCCGGUAUCCGUCGAUGAGGAUGACGCGCGUUUUUGA